AUGGCACAAAGUGUAUGUGCGGGCACUGGCUAUGAGGAUGGCUAUUCAAUGGCCGACAUUCAGUACAAAUGGGGCAUUGAUUGCGGCGACGACUGCAAAAAGGCCGUCCAAUUGGCGGCCGUAGAGUUACCCCAAUUCAAAGUGAAAGGCAAUUAUUCGCGGCUCGUGUGCGAGAUUGAGUUCGUGCGCUCAAUGGGCUAUUAUUUAAUACAAAUCUAUAUACCGGCGAGUCUUAUUGUGAUUAUAUCCUGGGUCUCAUUCUGGCUGCACAGGAAUGCGAGUCCAGCGCGGGUACAGUUAGGUGUGACGACAGUGUUAACGAUGACAACCCUUAUGUCGUCGACAAACGCGGCGAUGCCUAAGAUAUCGUACAUCAAAUCAAUCGACGUGUUUCUGGGCACGUGUUUCGUGAUGGUGUUCGCGGCCCUCAUCGAGUACGCCACUGUGGGCUAUAUGGGUAAACGCAUAGCCAUGCGUAAGUCCAGGAGUGUACAACUGGCCAAACUGCUCAGCGAACACCGCCAGAAGUGUGUGGCCGCCAGCAUUGACAGCGGCAUUGAACCACCCAUUAGGACAUCCCUCUACUCCAAUCCCUGCAUACCGGCCCCCCGUAACGUAUCCGUACCGGAAAUCCGGUACCGAAUCUCGGGGUCCAAAGCGCUGACCCGAACGCCGUCUCUGAAAGCCAAACAACAGAUGGCGGCCGUCGACGGCGAUCUGGAGCUGAGCGGUGGCGACGAUAUGGUGACCCCCUCUACGCCCACUCAGUUGACACCAUUCCGGGGGCCCAAGAAUCCCAACACCCUAUUCGGCGUCUGUCCAUCCGAUAUAGACAAGUACUCGCGAGUGGUAUUCCCGGUCUGUUUCCUAUGCUUUAAUCUCAUGUAUUGGAUUAUUUAUAUGCAUAUCAGCGACUUUUUGACCGUCGAGGAUAAAGUUACUUUUGAAUAA